AGUAUAAAAACAUUCGUCGUCCCGGUCGGAUCGCAUACAAAAAUGGAGGAUAAAAUUGAUGUAGUCAUAUUGUCAUGGUUUUAGUUUUUUUUGUUUAAAUAGCGCACGGGAUUAUUUGUAGUUUAUGCACAUGUAAACUCUAAAGACGAGUAUUGAUAUUAAUAAUUUGAUGCCGAAAGCGAAAGUUAAAAAGUCACAUUUUGAUUCAAUCUUUUAUCAAACUUCGAAAUACUUCGUCGAUAAAAACUUAGCAAUGUCAGCAUUCUGAAUUCUGACAGAUGACAACCAGACUAGAUCGCUUGUUCCUUUUGUUGGACACAGGCUCGACUCCUUUGAUUCGCAAGUCUGCAGCGGAGCAGCUCGGAGAUGUACAGAAGCUUCACCCAUAUGAGCUGGGAAAUCUACUUUCAAAGUUGCAUGGGUUCCUGCUAAGUACCAACUGGGACACUCGUAUUGCUGCUGCUCAAGCUGUCAAUGCCAUCGCCCGUAAUGUGCCCCUGUGGGAUCCAAGAGGGGCGCCAAAACAAGAGGACAUCAAAGAUGAGUAUAUGCUGAAUGGAAAGCUCCUGCUGUCCACUUUUGAUGUCCAGAAGGUUCUAGAGAACGGGACAUCACUCCUGGGAUCUGAGGGGGCCCAGUUUGCAGAGGACGAGAAUCUCACAGGUCUAGAUGAACGAGAGCGGUUGGUCUACCAUCGUCAGAUGUUGAACCGUCGCCUAGGAUUGGACAUGGCAGGAAGUCUUAAGCUGGGACUUGACCAGGACCUCUAUACUGAUGAUGACCUUCUGACAGGCAUGGGCCAGGAACCAGACGCCAUUCCUGGCACAAAACAGAUUUCUGAGCUCAUUAGCCAGCAGUUGAGCUCCGGUCUGAGUGCUCGGGAGAGGAACCAGGCCAAGAGGAAGGCUCGACUGAUGAUGAAGCAGACAUCUCGGGAGUCACCUGUACCUGACACAGAUGUUGAACCUCCACACAAGAAACUCAAGACUGAGAAUGGAGCCGUAGAGUUGCCAGCAUCUACAGAGCCGCUAGAGCAGGAGGAUUGGCCCUUUGACUGGUUUUGUGAGCAGCUGAUGACAGAUCUGUUCAGUGGUGCCUGGGAGACCAGACAUGGGGCCGCCACAGGUCUGAGAGAGGUCGUGAGAAACCACGGACAAGGGGCAGGGAAAUCCAUUGACACACCUGUGGAUCAGAUGUCGAUGGUUAACCAGCUCUGGUUAUCUGACCUGGCCCUGCGACUCAUGUCUGUCAUCGCUCUCGAUAGAUUUGGAGACUUCGUAUCUGAUGAGGUAGUUGCCCCUGUGCGUGAGACCUGUGCCCAGACACUGGGAGUGGUCAUGAAGUGGCUGGAGCGUGGGGGGAUACAGGGGGUGCUGGGGGUGCUGCUUCAACUGCUGCAGCAGGCACAAUGGGAGGUGCGGCAUGGGGGACUGCUCGGAAUCAAGUACCUGCUGGCUGUCAGACGGGACAUGACAGACGACCUACUGCCCAGCGUGUUGCCGUACGUGUUCAAGGGCCUCCAGGACGUGGAUGACGACGUGAGGGCCGUGGCUGCCAGUGCACUGGUGCCUGUCGCUGACAACCUCGUUAAUGUUGUACCGGACCAGGUACCAGUGAUUGUGGUUUGCCUGUGGGAGAUCUUACUAGACCUGGAUGAUUUGACGGCCUCCACCAAUAGCAUCAUGACCCUGCUGUCCACACUUCACGGCCACCCCAGAGCUGCCAUCAUUGACAGAUUAUCGAAGCCCUUAUCUGAGCUGGUGCCGAGACUGUGGCCAUUCCUGCGUCACAACAUCGCCUCUGUCAGACAUUCUGCUCUUGAGACCAUCCUUGCACUUGUGAACCUUGACACUCAACAGCACCCAUGGCCCAGUUGGCUAGGCCCUAUCCUUCACCAUCUGCUGUGCCACAUCUACCAGCGCGCCUUGUUUGAGACUGUCCCGGAGAUCCUCUCCCUCCUGGCCCGGGUGUGGUCCCGUACCCUGGCCCGGGCUCCUCUCCUGUACCUGAUCACCGGGGCAACACCCUGGAUGGGCGUGUGGUUGUCCCUGGCAAUGCAGCCUUCCAAGGUGCCCUAUGAACAAAGCUAUUUGGUAGAGGCCAAACAUCACGGAAGGGCGUCAGACGCUGUCAGUCACAGGAAGUCUUCUGACCUAGAACCGAGCUCAAGUGAGCCCAAGACUCAUCCUGAGUACAUCGCUGGGUUUGAGUCUCUGAACUUGAGUGUACAGGAGCGGGACACUGUUGUGACUCGAGCCAGAAUGACCACUGCAAGAAUUUUUGGAGAGCUGUGUAGCUAUGUAACCAGGCCGGUAGAGGCCCUGCCCCCAGGAUAUGAAAAACCCGUUGAAUCCCUCGCCAAGCUGCUGAACUUUCAUCUGAACACUCGGUCUGCAAUACAAAGGAUUGUUGUGGCAGAGGUCAUCACCGCAUGGGCCACCCACGAGCCCUGUCUGUGUUCUGACGAGGUGAAGACACGAGUGUUGGAGACACUGUCUGAGUCAAUAUACUAUGAUGAGAUCGCGCUUGGUUUCACACGACUGCAGACAGAAUGCAAGGACUUUAUCUCGAGUCUCAAGCAGCAGGCAAUAAACAUGGACCAGAUUGUCCCCCCUGGGACGAUUCUAAGCCUGGAUCAGGCCCAGGCCUUGGUGGGUCAAGUGUUUGACCAGGUCAAGGUCACCAUCAAGCCACGCCCCCUGGCGACCUUGGAAGAGAGGCGAGCCUCCCUGCAGACGACUGUCAAUCAAAUAGCAGCCGACCAAUCUGUGCUAUGCAUUAGGGUUCAAUCCAGCCUGGCCAAGGCUGCGGUACGUCUGGACAUCAUUCCUGAGAAGUUGAACCCUGUCAUUCGACCCUUGAUGGAGUGUGUGAAGAAAGAGGAGAACCAGAGUCUUCAGGAGGAAGCAGCAAAGUGUCUCAGUAUAGUAUUAAGGAAAUGCAUGUCGAGAAGUCCAAGCCCCAAUGGCAAGGUGGUCAAGAAUCUGUGUGGCUUCCUCUGCUGUGAUCCCUUCAAUACCCCUGUCAUAGCACAGCCCAACAACAACAACACCAGCUCAGAAAACAAUUGUGAUGCAUAUAAGGGCAAUCUGACACUGGCAAAAUUGACAAAGGUUCCAGACACAGACAGACGUAGAAUACAUCGAGCAUCGAGUGUGAAGAACGAUGCAGCAGUCUCUACAGAUCUUACCAAGGAGGAAGAACUGGUUCAGAAGCAGCUUGCCGUGCAGAGACGGGGAGGGGAAGUCACUCUAUGCAGACUGGCAGCAGAUUUUGGAGAGAAUAUGCUGCAAGAGUUACCUGCCUUGUGGGAGUGCAUCUCAAAACACUUACUACAAGAGGAUAUUGAAGUGUCGGACACUGUUGCUCAAGACAUUGUGAACGCAUUCCAAGUUCUGCAGUCCGUAGGGCCCUCCUUGCAUCCUGCAUUGUUACCUAAGUUAGCCACCUGCCUGCCCAAGCUGAGAUCAUACCUGGAGAACCCGUACACAGGUGUACGUCACAUGUCUGCCCGCUGUGUGGGCACCCUAGCGGGUCUGGCCACAGCAGACGUGAUGUUGUACGCAGUGGAGAAGAUACUGCCCAUGAUGGAGGCCUCAGACAAUGAGACGCAACGACAGGGAGCCUCCGAGGCCAUAGCCAACAUUAUAGAAGUUCUAGGCCUGGAUAUUCUGCCCUACAUAGUGCUACUCAUAGUGCCCCUGCUGGGCCGCAUGACUGACCAACACCCAGACGUACGCAUGAUUGCCACGCACUGCUUUGCUUCAAUGAUCAGACUGCUGCCACUUGAGGUGGGAGUACCUGACCCCCCAGACAUGGCCAAGUCUCUGUCGGAACAGAAACAGAAAGAGCGCGUCUUCCUUGAACAGCUUUUGGAUAUCUCCAAACUUGAGAAUUACACCAUUGAUGUACCGAUAAAAGCUGAGCUAAGAAAAUAUCAGCAGGAUGGAGUGAAUUGGCUUGGAUUUCUCAACAAGUACAAGCUCCAUGGCAUUCUUUGUGAUGAUAUGGGGCUGGGUAAAACCCUGCAGUCGAUAUGCAUAGUGGCUACAGACCACUAUAGGAGGGCCCAAAAGUAUAAGGAAAAGCAGAGCCCUGACAGUUGCCCCCUUCCAUCCAUUGUGGUGUGUCCCCCAACUCUGAUUGGACACUGGGUAUAUGAGGUUCAGAAGUUCAUAGACCGCGAGUACCUAGACCCCCUCAUGUAUGCUGGAACACCUUCAGAGAGGCAGAGAUUACAGAAGAAAUCCAAGGAACACAAUCUGAUUGUGGCUUCUUACGAUGUCGUUAGAAACGAUAUUGACUUUUUUGGUUCCAUCAACUGGAAUUACUGCAUUCUAGAUGAAGGACAUAUAAUCAAAAAUGGAAAAACAAAGAUCUCCAAGGCUGUGAAGCAGUUGAACUGCGCCCACCGUCUGAUCCUGUCCGGUACCCCAAUACAGAACAACGUCCUGGACCUCUGGUCCCUCUUUGACUUCCUGGUUCCAGGCUUCCUGGGCACAGAGAAGCAGUUCCAGGCACGCUACGGGAAACCAAUCCUUGCCAGCAGAGAGGCUAAGAGCUCCUCUAAGGAGCAGGAAGCAGGUGCCCUGGCUAUGGAGACAUUACAUAGACAGGUUCUACCAUUCAUCCUGCGCCGUCUCAAGGAGGAUGUGUUACAGGACCUGCCCCCUAAAAUCAUCCAGGACUAUUACUGUGACCUCAGUUCCCUUCAGAUCAAGUUGUAUGAGGACUUUGCCAAGUCUCAGGCCAAGCAGGGGGUAGAGGAGUGUGUCACCUCCAGUAAGACAGCUGAGCAGAGCAAGAGGGGCUCCACACAUGUCUUCCAGGCGUUGCAGUACUUACGUAAAGUGUGUAAUCACCCAGCGCUUGUGUUAAACGCCAAUCACCCAAAGUAUGCAGAAGUGAUGGCCUCACUGAAAUCUCAGGGAUCAAAUCUACGAGACCUCAACCAUGCCCCCAAACUCACUGCAUUAAAGCAACUGCUCAACGACUGUGGUAUUGGUUUGGAUGACGCAACCGGUUACCAAGAUGGGAAUGCACCAGUGGUCAACCAACAUCGUGUCCUUCUGUUCUGUCAGCUCAAGGGAAUGUUGGACAUAGUGGAACACGACCUACUUAAGAACCAGAUGCACUCUGUGACAUAUUUACGGCUGGACGGCAGUGUGCCUGCAGGGAACCGACAUGAUAUCGUUAACAGGUUCAACAAUGACCCGUCCAUUGACAUCUUGCUGCUGACAACUCACGUGGGAGGGCUGGGUUUGAACCUAACGGGGGCUGACACUGUGAUCUUUGUGGAGCACGACUGGAACCCGAUGAAGGAUCUGCAAGCCAUGGAUCGAGCUCACAGGAUUGGACAGAAAAAGGUCGUCAAUGUGUACCGGCUUAUUACGAGGGGAACGCUUGAGGAGAAGAUAAUGGGACUUCAAAAGUUCAAGAUGACAAUUGCCAACACCGUGAUCAGCGCGGACAAUGCCAGUCUUGUUACCAUGGGAACAGACCAGCUGCUGGACCUGUUUGCGCUAGAAGACAAGAAGAAGGGGGAGUCGACUGGCUCUGAUGAUCGCAAGAACACCGCCGAGAAGAGGGACACAGUGAAGGCAAUAUUGGAGAACCUUGGAGAGCUCUGGGAUGAGCAGCAGUAUGAGUCGGAAUAUGACAUGAAUAACUUCAUGAAGUCGUUGGUGUAAUUGACAUUCGAUAUUAGCAAGGACUUCAGUAGUAAAAGUCUGGAUACAACAUGAUUUACUUGAUGAAGUCACUAGUGUAACUUUCAUCCGAUAUAAGUGAGAACUUAAGCAUUAUGAGUUAGAAAAUUAUAUGAGUAACUCAAUAAAGUCACUUGUAUAACUGAGUCUGUAAACACAAACAUUUUGCAGAGAUUUCUCUGGAUAUUAGCAUUAAGUCCUUAUUGUAACUUAUUAUGGAUACUUAAUAGCAAAGAAUAACACAAAACCAGGCAAAAUAUGAUGAUAAUAACUUAAUGAAUUCAUUCAGGUAAAUUGGCGUUGGAAAUUGAGGAAGACGUAUUAGUUGAAAUAUUAUUUGAAUAAUAAGAUACAUUAAUUUGUGCAAUUUUUUUUUUUAUGUAGGCAAAGAUUGUUACAGUAUUUGUCCUAAUGGGACGUGAAUACCUUCAUGAAGUCGUUAGUGUAAUUGAAAGUGAACAUUAGCACUGACUUUGGCAGUACAAGUCUCAAUAUGUAGAAGUAUUUCAUAAUUUCAUACAAUUAAUGUUCAAUGAAAAACUGACACUAAGCGCACAUGUCUGGAUGUUGUCAUUCUGCUUAUGACUCUAAUUCACUAAAUAUUUAAUUUUGAAGACUUCAGGCCAAAUAUGGUAUGAAUUAUUUCAUGAAGUAAUUAGUGUAGAUACCACUGAAUAUUAGAUAGGAGCGUAAAGUUAUGUGUUUAUUUCAAUUAUGAAUAACUUAAAGAAUUCAUUAAUGUAAUAUGUUGAAGACAGUAUGUUUGAACAUGUCGUGCUUAGAAAUGCAUUUGUUUUGAUUUUGAUAACAUUUGUGUUCAAUAAAGUAAAUAUUAUGCAGUUGAUUGUUGUUAAUAGUGACUUGUUGAUGAAUUAGCCAUACUUAUGUCAGUCUUUAAAUUUGUUGUAACACUCUACUAUCUGAAGUUAUAGUAAGACAUCAAAUCCUAGAACAAGAUCAGUUGUGUUCAUUUUUCACAUGGAACUACGUUUUAAUGCCCCCCGUAGGGUGGCAUAUAGCAUUUGAACUGUCUGUCAGUCCGUCUGUCCAUCCGAAAACUUUAACAUUGGCCAUAACUUUUGCAAUAUUGAAGAUAGCAAUUUGAUAUUUGGCAUGCAUGUGUAUCUCAUGGAGCUGCACAUUUUGAGUGGUGAAAGGUUACGUCAUCCAUCAAGGUCAAAGGUCAAAAAAACAAAUCCAAGGGAAGUAACAAGCUUUAAAGGGAGAUAAUUUCUAUUUAUCAUUUGGCAGGUACAGAUCAUUUUUACUAGGGUAGUAAUAUUUUUUAAAGAGAUAUAAUAAAAAACAAAAAUAAAUAAAUCAAAGCGGCGCAGUAGGGGGCAUUGAGUUUCUGACAAACACAUCUCUUGUUUAAUUCUAUGAUAGUAAUCAAGUUUUUUUCUUGAUAAUCAAUGGUCUUUUACACUAACAACCAAAUAACUGAAACAAUUCUUAUGACUUAAAAGUAUAAGACAUCCUGUUUCUUUUGUGGAAGUAUAAUAAGACAUCCUGUUUCUUUUGUGGGUAAUAAUCAAUAUAAAAUAGAUGAAAAUAUUUUAUUGAAAUUCUGCAUUUUUGGAAACUUUUUUCCUUUUCAUGAUAUAUUUUUUACCAUAAUGUAGCUUAUUGGCUUGAAAGGCCCUUAAAUGUAAUACAUGUAUAGAGUUAGAAACAAAACCCUUUACAAUUUAUUUUGUAAAACAGUUGACAAUUUUAAUAUUGAUAAUUCGGGUUUUCCUUUUCCGUACAUAUAAUGUAUGUAUUAUGUUUGGAGAACAACCCGUGUUUUUAGAUGAAAAUGGUUUUAUUUGUUUUGACUCUUCUACUAGAAAACUUUGUUAAUUUCCAUGUAAUACUAUGUGCUAUCUAUGUUUGAUGCUGAAUGCAUCACAUUAUUGAAGUGUUCAAUAAAAACAGUAAAUAAUAAAACAUAAA